AUGAGCCGUGUUGGACGACGAGACAUUUCAGCUUGCAGCCCGGUGCUUACCGUCCCGCUGGCUCAGGAGCCGCGGGCUGUGAGCCAGCCCGCCCCAUCUGGAACCUCACUGGUGUCCGGUCACUCGUCAGAGGGCCUCUUGACUCCCGCACCCAUCCUUUCUGCGGUUCCAAAAUGGGGUUUCAUUGGUCCGUUACUCCGACUCCAGGUGGCAGUGGCCCGUGGGACUACCGCUGCGGAAGGGCUAAGUAUUGGACGGAAUCCUACUCUGGAGUUUUUGGGCGGCGAAACAGCGGCAUGCCUGCUGAAUAUUUCUCAGCCACCAAUAGAAAUUCCUUUUCUUAUUGUGCGGAUUACCAAGCGGAGUGGUCCCACUAUGGGAUGGUCCUGUACACCUUGGUAA